AAGUCGGAGACGCUUCGGGGGGAGAUGUUGAAGGGGGAUGGCGACGCCUGCGCGCUGGCUUCCGAGGUGCGCAACUACGUGGACCCUCACUUUCGAAAUAAGAAUGGGGUGCUGCAGCUAUCGCGAAGGAUGGCCCUGGCGGGGAUGCUGUGUCGCGCGCCCGAGAAGGUAGACGAGGUCGGGCUGUUCUGCGUAGUGAAGAAGGCCGAGCUGAUCGACGAGGAGCCUGAAGGGACGCUCCGCCUGGCGUUCGACCAGCGGCGCUCCGACGCGCGGUGGCGGGCUCCACCAUGGUGUGCGAUGGGCGCGGUGAGUGCGACGUCGUUCCUGGAUGUGUCCCAGGAGGUGAAGGAGGGCGGGGCGGCCAUGCGCUUUGGCAAGGGCGACCUGCCCUGCUUCGUGCUGCCCGGCGUUUCGGGGGACGGGCUGGGCGCGGUCCCGCCCGACGACUUGCAGCUGCCUGGGAACGGCGCCUGCGCCUGGGCGAAGGUGGCGCUCGCGGGUUUCUCGCGGGCGUGCCGGCGUCUCACCGGAGGCGGGCCGCUGCCCCAGCUCAGCGGGGGGGCGCCAGCGGCUCACUACGAGCGCAUCGAAGACUUCGGUAUCAUCGGGCUGCACUACCCUGCGCUUCCGGGCCAGAAGGAGGUCGCGACGGUGGAGGAGAUCUGGCUGGUGGCCAAGGAAUUGGUGAUGGCUGCGGGCUUCAAGGUGCACAGGGGCGCGCGCUCCUCGGCAGCUCGCAUGAUCGGGGGCGACUUCGAGGGUGCGCGGUUGGCCCUGGACCAGGACAAGAAGAUGUGGCUCGCCGUCCUCGGCACCCAAGAGACCCUGACCAGCAAGUGGGAGCUGCCCGACUCGAUCGCACGGAUCGCGGGCAUCGUGUCCCGGGGGCGCGAGACACCGCGAGAGGUGCUGAGAGAGUUGGCAGCAGCGGCGGCCAUCGCCCCCUCGAUCGCGGUCGACCUGGCGACGCCCUGGAACCCCACCACGAUGAUGCUCGAUGCCAGUCUGCACGGAGGGACCAUCAUUGCCACCUCGAGUACGGUGGAGGAGCAGCGUCGAGAAGCUCGGUGCGCUGUGCGAGGCGGCUGGGCCGCGUGGACUGGAAUUUCCCCCUCGUGGGUUGCGGGCACCUGGUGCGAGGGCGAGGCUUUCGAGCGCGCGGGUGACGACGUGGAGUUGGGCGCGCGCGUUCGAGCACCGCCUGUGCACGAGUGCUGGAGCGACAUCAUCCGCUGGGGGAAGAGGCACCUGCGGAUCACGGUCUCGAUGGUCUGCCUCGGCGGCUUCAGCAAGGGCAGGACUGGCGAGCCAGUUCUGCCGGGGCAUUUUGCGUUGAAGAUCGAGGCGCUGGCCGACGUUGCGGAGUUGGACCCAUUCCAGCCGCUCAGGAUGGGGGUCUCGGCCCCUGUGAGGGAGCUGCGCUUCGCCCACCUUUGCAGCGGACGCGCGCGGGCGGGGGUCUUGGAGGACUGGCUGCUCAGGGUCGCCGCGUCGCGGGGCCGCCUGCUGCUCUGCGCCAGCGCAGACAUCGGGUUCGGGGCGGAGUUCGACCUAACGGACGAGGUCAACGUGAGGGGGCUGGUGCUGCUGGCGGAGAUGGAGACCGACGGCGGGCAUUCGGGCCCCUCUUGUUCUACGUGGUCGCGGGCGCGAUUCCAGCCUGGAGGCCCCCCGCCGCUUCGCCUGCGGCGUCAGCCCUGUGGUCGACCGGGCCCGCGGGGGGACGAUGCGAAGAGGGUAGAGCUGGGGGGCGAGCAGCUGCUGAGCAGCCUGAGGAUCCUGAAGCCCAUUGCCCUCAAGGGCGCCCCCAUAUCGGUCGAGUACCCCGCCGAGCUUGGAUGUCCGCCUUUUCCGUCGAUCUGUGUCACGAAGGAGCUUAUGGGCUGGGGGGCCGUGGUUGGAGCCUAUCGGGUGACCUUUUCGCGGUGCAUGCGGGGCUGCCCUGCGCUCAAGAUGGCGGCGCCCACGGGGGCGGCCUGUGCGAUGCAGCGGUUCGAGCAGCCCUGCGAGCACUCGCCGCGCGGCGCGAGCCUCUGUGGCAAGGGUGCGAGCGGCCAGUUCCGUACGAGAGUGUCGCGGGCCUACCCGUCGGAGUUCUGCCGCGUGCUGGCGGAGCGCCGCGCGGGCGCGGCGCUGGCCGCGCAGGAGAGAUUGGGGGCCGACCUGACCGAGAGGGCGCUGGGGCAGCUGAUCUCGGAGACCUUGGAGCGCGGGCGCCGGGGCUUGUCCUCGCUGGAGGCCGGCUGCGUCGGGAGGACCUUGUCGCUGCGCUGCGUGCGCGGUCUGGCGGAUGCAACGCAGGCGGGCGCGGCCGCAGAGGAGAGACAUCGGCACCGCGCUCAGCGCCGCAAGAUGGGCAACGCGCACCGCGGGAACGAGUCGGAGCGCGUUCACUCCCUGGGGUUGUCGCGGCCGAAGAGGCCGACUCGGGGACUCGCCCUGCUCCCGUUCUCGGCUUGUGCCAAGACGGCGCUGGGUUGCUACGCGCCCUAUGCGCGGCGUUUCCUGGACUUUGCCCUGGAGUGGGACCUGCCGAUGAUGAGCCGCGAGGAGAUUGACGACUCGGUCUUCUGUUACCUGGGCCGCUUGGCGGAGGACGAGGAGGUGGGCCCGCAUCGGGGCGACUUCGCGGCGCAUGAGCUCGCCAACGUGUGGCAAGAGCUGUCUUCAGGACUGCCCAGGUCGAAUCGUGCUCUGCGCGCCUGGCAUCGAUUGCACGCGGCAGGAGAAGCCGGGCCCCCACCGCUCGAGUGGCGGGCCGUGCUGGGCGAGGCCACGAGGUUGUCCGGGGACCAGGAGGCCGCCGAUGCCCCCGAGGUCGCUCUUGACGCCUACCUCAGGUCCGCGGAGUUGUUCGGCUUGCGAGCUGCCGACGUCGUCAUCGACGUCGACUCGGCGGGUGAGCAGGCCGCGGCCCUUCGGCUCGGAGUGCCCGAGCGCGGCGAGCGGGCCAAGACGGGCACGAGGCAGGGCGAGCUGAUCGACCGCGCGCACGUGGCCGACAUGCUCGUGCGGCGGGCCGGCGACGACGCGGGCGCCAAGCGCUUCCCGCCGCGCGCCGCCAGGCACUCGGGGCCGAGCCGCGACGCGGCGACCGGCUGCAGGGCGGCGCGGGCCAUUCAGCGACGCGGGCGAUGGGCGAGCGAGAAGAGCGCGCUCAGGUGCAUGAAGGCGCGCGCUCUGGUGGCAGCUCGCGCCGCGCUACCGCCCGACCCGAUCGAGCGGGGCGCCAGAUUGAUGGAGAAGAAGGGCGCCUGCCCGAUGAAG